CAGAGACGGGUUGAGCACAAAGAAUGACCGGGUAACUUUUGAGAGAAGGUGACCGGUCAUAUCAUCUCACUUGACAAACAUUGGUCCAGUAUCUCAGGCAUGGUGAACCACGUCAGAGGUCAAGGGGACACCCCGCCGCUCAUCCAUCACGAGGCACACAGGAGCGUAGCAAGGAAAUUACGUGCCCUGGAAGAAAAGGUGGAGGAGAAGGCGGGAGCGAAAAAACACACCUUGGCUAAAUCUCCCUUUUCGGCCAGGGUACAUGCGCAGAGGUUGAGGCGGAAGAUUAAGCUGGACGUGGAGAAAUUCACAGGAAAGGAGGAUCCAAACGUCCACCUUGACACCUUCCACAAUGCAGCACAGAUGGACGGGUGCACUGAUGCCGAGGAAUGCUUGCUCUUCUUCUCAUCCUUGAGAGGGAGGCCUGUGGAAUGGUUUAACGGCCUUCCCCAUGGCAAGAUUGGGUCCUUUGAGAAACUUGCUGAAGUUUUCCGCAAGAAGUACCAGGACAACUACAUCAAGAGAAAGAAGUUUACUUACCUUAACACGGUAGGGCAGAGGGAGAAAGAGACCUUGACUCAAUUCUUAACCCGCUGGAGGGACGAGGUUGACAAGGUAGAAGAGAUGGACGAUAAGAUGGCCAUGUCUUUGUUGAUGAAUGCCUUCCGGUCAGGUGACCUCUACACUGAAUUCUGUAGGAGGCCGCCCCCCUCUUAUCAGGAAGCCUACAAUACGGCAUGGGAAUAUGCCGAGGCAGAAGUGCUGAACAAGAAUAAGCGGGAGCUGGAAGAAGGCUACACAAAGUCGAAAUCCGACAAGCUAAAGAAGGAUGAGCAAACAGGAGGGUCCAAACUAAAGGCCACAUAUGACGGAUCCAUCCACCAAAUAAGGGAUGAUAAGAAGGGAGAGCAACCCAAGAGACAAUGGACGGAGAAGUGGUGCACAUACCACCAAUCUGAUUCCCACAACACGGCGGAUUGCCGAAAUGUCAAGGCUGUGCUCAAGGAGAUGGCCUUGAAAGGAGAGCUUGGGGAAGGUUACGCGACGGAUGAUUGUCGGCGCCCAGAAGGCGGGGAUACUGCCUCCCAACGGAAGAACUGGGCCAGGAGCUUGCACGUAGCUGUUUCCCUGGAGUCACAUGGGAAGCAGGCAAGGAGGGAACCUAUCACUUUCACUGAUAGGGAUCUGCCCAGGACGGAAGGAGAUCAUAAUGACCCUUUGGUCAUUACAAUGGACAUCAACGAGGCUGAUGUGGCUAGGGUCCUGGUUGACACAGGAAGCAGUGUCAAUGUUCUAUACUUGGAUGCUUUCAAGAAAUUGAAGCUGGACAGGUCCAAGCUGAGGCCAUUGCAAACCCCAUUGUCAGGCUUCACUGGAGCCAGCAUAGAAGCGGAGGGUCAGAUCACCUUACCAGUUACUUUGGGGUCGGGUAACAAAAUAGUAACCAAGCAAAUGAGAUUUGUUGUGGUUGAUAUCAAGUGUGUACAUAAUGCCAUUCUUGGUAGACCUGGGAUCAACCAGGUCAGGGCCAUCAUUUCUAUGGCACACUUGUGCAUGAAAUUCUACACUCCCAAUGGGAUCGGGGAGGAAAGGGGUGAUCAAAAGAACGCCCGGUCCUGCUACCGGGAAGCAGUCAAGAAGAUGACCCGCCAGUUCGAACAAAUUGAAUUGGUCUCCCAGCAGGUAGACAAGGGUGAGGAGAAGGCUAGGAUCGAGCCGGAUGCAAACACGGAGGAGAUCCAGAUUGAUGCCUCCAAUCCUGAGAGGAAGGUCAAAAUUGGGGCUGACCUUCAGGAAGAGCUAAGGACUGAGAUUGUCCAGGUGUUGACCAGGUAUAAAUCAUUAUUUGCCUGGAGUGUUGCUGAUAUGCCCGGGAUUGACCGGUCAGUCAUUUGCCAUCGUCUCUCUGUUCUUGAGGGGUCUAGGCCUGUAAGACAGAAGAAGAGAUUUUUGGCAAGUGAUAGGAGGGACUUUGUGAAGAAAGAGGUCAAGGACCUACUUGAGUGUUCCCAUUAUCUACAGUGACCUUCCCACGUGCUUCCUAUUUUGUCCAUGGAUGAACAGGGGAAGGUCACAAAUCCUCCUCUAUAAAUAUGAUGAUAUUGG